AUGUCGAAUCUUUGGUCCAAUCAACGAGUACCAAUUUUAGAGAAACCCGAGGAUGUACAAAACCCUUCCCCCGCACCAACGCACAUCGAACCACCUUCUCCUUUUGAACAACCAAUUUCUCCUCCUUUCAAGGUUCCAUCUGUCGAACUGAUUUCAUCGACAUUGCCUCAAAUAAGUGAUCCUACCCCAGAAGAUUUACCAGAAUAUCGAACUACCAUUGAAGAAGAUCCAUUCUCAAUUCUCGAUAUUCUGUUAUCUAAGGACGUCACUCCUUCAAGCCAUUCAUCUAAACCACUUGUGACGUCAACUGAAGAGGCAAACAAAUUGAUACAACAAUUUAGGUCUUUCUUCUAUUCUUCACCCCUCGAGGUCUUGGUGGAAUCUCUCGAGAAAAAACAACUUUUCCAAGAGAUUCUUACUGCUAUAGAGGCAUUCCCCGAUGACACACUUCCAAAGAGUUUUGACGCUGAAGUCGCAGCGGCCACCGAUUUAUUUAACAAAGCUUACUCUGCAAGGAAAAAAAAACAAUCUAUAGCGACCGAGUUGACUACCAUUUCUACCUUCCAAACUGAGAAAUCGAACUUGUUGAAAAAUCAAAAGCUUGAUCUUGAAGAGGCGUCGAAAGAACAGUCUUUGGUUAGAGGUGAAAUCGAAAAAUUGGAAAAAAGACUUCAACAACUCAAAGCACAAGACGAUUUACUCACAACAAAAAUGAAUUCGAUCAAAUCUUCUGCAAAGGAAGUGACACUUUCUCUGGGGCAAAGCAUGGAGCGCAAACGGAAAGUGGUUGUCGAAGAAAAUUCGAACCUCUCUUCUUGGAUUCAAUUGUUAAUAGAUUUUGAUCAACUCAAAUCUCAAUAUCAAAUUUUGUAG